UCUAAGGCCAGGAGCAAGGUGAGCCACUGUCUGUUGGUAGAAUUAGCGUCUUGAUAGUUGACAAAAUGGCGAUGAUACUGUUGGAAGACUGGUGCAGGGGAAUGGAUGUGAACUCCCAGAGAGCUCUGUUGGUCUGGGGCAUCCCAGUGAACUGUGAUGAGGCUGAAAUCGAAGAGACCCUCCAGGCUGCGAUGCCCCAGGUGCCCUACCGAGUGCUUGGGAGAAUGUUCUGGAGGGAAGAAAAUGCGAAAGCAGCCUUAUUAGAGCUCACUGGCGCUGUCGAUUACGCCACGAUCCCCAGGGAGUUGCCGGGCAAAGGAGGAGUCUGGAAAGUGUUCUUUAAGCCCCCGACUUCCGAUGCUGAAUUUUUAGAAAGAUUGCACCUCUUCCUAGCUAGAGAGGGCUGGACCGUGCAGGAUGUUGCCCGUGUCCUUGGGUUUCAGAACCCUACUCCGACCCCGGUCCCAGAGAUGCCAGCAGAGAUGCUAAACUAUAUUUUGGAUAAUGUUAUUCAACCUCUUGUUGAGUCCAUAUGGUACAAGAAGCUGACACUUUUCUCGGGGAGGGACAUCCCAGGGCCUGGAGAGGAAACCUUUGAUCCUUGGCUGGAGCACACUAAUGAGGUCCUAGAGGAGUGGCAGGUGCCAGAUGCAGAAAAGAGGCGGCGGUUGAUGGAGAGUCUUAGAGGCCCCGCCGCUGAUGUCAUUCGCAUCCUCAAGACCAACAACCCCGCGAUAACUACUGCCGAAUGCCUGCAGGCGCUUGAGCAGGUGUUUGGGAGCGUUGAGAGCUCUAGGGAUGCCCAGGUCAAAUUUCUGAACACUUACCAGAACCCGGGAGAAAAGUUGUCUGCUUAUGUCAUUCGUUUGGAGCCUCUGCUACAGAAGGUGGUGGAGAAGGGGGCCAUUGAUAAAGAUAAUGUGAACCAGGCUCGUCUAGAGCAGGUCAUUGCCGGGGCCAACCAAAGCGGGGCCAUCCGAAGGCAGCUGUGGCUUAACGGGGCUGGGGAAGGGCCGGCCCCAAACCUCUUUGAGUUGCUGGUGCAGAUCCGUGAGGAGGAAGCCAAGGAAGAGGAGGAGGAGGCUGAGGCCACCCUUCUGCAGUUAGGCCUGGAAGGGCACUUCUGAGUCCCAGGAAAGGCAGCUUUAGUGCAGACCCAGAUCACAGCUACUGUCCUUGUCCCUGUGGGGUCUUACAGAUGUGUCUGAGUAGUAAAGGCUUAGUCCUGUUACAUUUGUUUUUGGAGGGCAGGAUUUGUCAGGCCUGAGUAUUCAUGUAACAUUCUAAAAUUGUGCACGCAAGCACUGUGAGCUGCUAGCGGAUCUUGCUGGCUACAAUGCCGUUUACCUGGUUGGACACAGAGCUUAGUGCACGCGGUCAUCAUGGCCAUCAUAAUCAGUUGUGAAAAACGUGUGAACCUGUGACACUUCUAUUCCACGUUGAAUGUGAAAUUGCAUGUUCAGAUGUUUACUGCGGGGCCUGGCUCACAGGAAGUGUUCAGUAAAAGUGUGAACUGUUAGAUUACUGAUAUUGUGGAUAGUUUUCUGUCUACCAUAACUUGUUCCAGAUUUUAUUAAUGGAAGGGAAUGUGCAUUUAUUAUGACUCAACCUUACAAUGUAAACGUACUAUUUCUCAUCUUUAAACAUGUGGAUCAGUUUAAUUGAAAAGUAUUCUGAUACUGCAAAAUGGGAUGUUAAAAACUGCAGUUACGGAGCUGUGUAACCCAUUUUUCACUGCAUAAGAUACAGAUGUAAAUUGCAUGGAGAGGUUGAUGUGCACCUGUUAGAGUAAUUCACUUCCCCAAUUUCAAAUCUUUGUCAGAAAAUAGUUCUUGUUCAUACUAAUUCUGAGUGUUCUAAAUUUGAAGUUACAUACAGAAAUAAAAAUGUUUUUCGA